UAAAUAUAAAAUAUGAGCUUUGGAGCCCCUAAAGGAGAGAAAUUACGCGACAGAUCUCUUUUAACACCUAGUCUUUCUAUGAAUUCUCUUUCUCUAUUCAAGGAUCCCAAACUAAGUACAAUCAGCAUGCUUCGUAAGGUAAAUAAACUCAAUGAAGAUGAGAAAGUCCAGUUUGAAGAGAAGGACUUUUGUCAGCUCUGCGGAGCUGAGUUCAAGAAGUUUCUCAAGCCAAGACAUCAUUGCAGAACAUGUGGGAGAUCAGUAUGUAGCAAAUGAUGUAAAGGAAGCGGUGAGAAUAGAAUCUGAGAUAUGUGCAUUACUGAAGACGAAAAUAAAGAGCUCAAGAACACUUAUGAAGGCGUUCUUGAAGAAAAGCAAAAUCAGUUGGAAGCUCUUCGUCAAAACAUCAUCAGCUUGGAUAAAAGGACAGCUGAGAAAAAGCAGCAAUUAGAAAUCAACAAAAAUAACUUAAAAGAGGACUUGAAGAAAAAGUUAAAAGAGACGAAGGCCCAACUCAGCAAUGAAAUUGAGAAAAAUGAGACUCUCAAAGCCGACCUUGAAAUGAAAAGAGAAGAGCUGCUCAAGAGAAAAGAAGAGCUUACCAAUAUUGAAUACAAUCUUGGUAAGAAAAAGACUUUCCUAAAAACCAAGAAGGAAAAAUUAGAGGAGAAGGAACUCGAACUUGAGAAAAUCAGAGCUAAACUUCUCAAGUAUCAAGAGGGUGGCUAAACUAUAUAUACUUUAUAACUUUCAAUAAUCUUCCUGAAAA